GACGGCGAAAGGCCACAUCGACACAUGGGACAUCAUGACGGGGCUCUGAGCUCUGAAGGGAUGAUAAUCAACGGCCGAGGCCAUUUUGUUUCUUGCCGACAUUGAACCCAACAGGACCCCCGAACGUAUAAGCAGACCGACCGCUGCGCUGCAAUCGGCAGACAGUCGGCAGAGAUCCGAGCCGGCGCAUCCAUUCGACUAGAUUUUGGUGGCCCCCUUCCACCUUCCAGCACAUUCCCCGCAAACGCCGCGCAACAGAGACGAGAUCGCGACAAACGCCUUCCAACAACACCCCGAAACCACAGACCAAAAUACCUCCCCGCGCCUCCUCCGGGAGCCCCGCGCCGCCCAGCAUGGCCAUGGACCAGAUGAACCAGCAAAUGGGCCAGAUAAUGGGCAACAAUGGCAGGUUCCCGCUGGAGGAGUGGUUCUGGGAGAUGCCCGUCUGCACGAGGUGGUGGACCACGGCGACCGUCGCCACCAGCCUCCUGGUCCAGGCCAAGAUGCUCAACCCCUUCCAGCUGUUCUACAGCUUCCGCUCCGUCUGGGUCAACAGCCAGUACUGGCGACUCCUGACCACGUUCCUCUACUUCGGCCCCUUUUCCCUCGACCUCCUAUUCCACGUGUAUUUCAUGCAGCGCUACUGCCGCCUGCUCGAGGAGUCGUCGGGCCGGUCGGCGCACUUCUCGUGGCUGCUCCUGUACGCGACCACGUGCCUCAUCGUGGCGUCACCCUUUGUGUCCAUGCCCUUCCUCGCGCACUCGCUCUCGUCGACGCUCGUCUACAUCUGGUCGCGCCGCAACCCGGACGUGCGCCUCAGCUUCCUGGGCCUGCUCGUCUUCACGGCCCCCUACCUGCCCUGGGUCCUCAUGGGCUUCAGCCUGAUGCAGGGCGCCGUGCCAAAGGACGAGAUCAUGGGCGUCGUCGUCGGCCACGUGUGGUACUUCUUCGCCGACGUCUACCCGCCCCUCCACGGCGGCCAGCGCCCGCUCGACCCGCCCGCCUUUUGGAGGCGCCUGUUCGAGGCCGACCCGGCCGAGGAGACGCCCAUCGAGGUGCCGCCACGCCAAGAGCAGCAGCAGCCUCCGGUGCCGGCUCUCUAGAUUUCGUUUUGAUGUUUAGUUUCAUUGCAUUACAGUGAACAAGGGUUAUCGUUUAUCUUUCCCUACCUUAUCUUUAUCUACAAUUUUAGAUGGCGCUUCUCUUCUCUCCUUUGCUCACGUUACCACCAACGUUCAUCACCUCCUCAAACUGCAUUUACUUUGGCGUUGACUUGGCUUAAGAUGGGACAACUGGGUCCGACAUAUCACUGGGAGGUCUUUCUACUGUUUGCUGCCGGAAGUGUGGCCACUCUGAAGAGAUGAUCUGAAGAGAUGAACCCGUCAAGGGCGCGAUCCAAAUCAAGGUUAACUUUGUAGCAGUACCUACAAUUUACAAACCUGCCAUGUAACUUGGUGCUGCGGAGGGAAGUUUUGAGUGAUGUGCCGGCGAGAAAAGUGAGAUGACGACUUGAUCGAUCAGGACCGCAAGUGAGACAUGACGCAAGUGUGAAAUAUCAGGUAAAUAACACAUCGUUACUCAAACAAGCUGCGAUACAGGUUAGGCGAGAAAGGCCUCGGUGUACUGCUUUCUGAACUGGUUGGAAUCCAGCUCGGGGACGCGGUUCAGGGGAGUC